UGCUUCCUAUUCCGGCUUUCUUGCUGGCUCAUCCUUUGUGUAUAUCUAAAUUUGUUAUUAAUUAUGAAUUUUUAAAUGGCUUUUCAUUUAUUGAUUCUAAAUUUGAUUCAGACUUGAUGUAUGUAGGGCUAAAUGAGUGAUAGAUCUAGUAUAAAGGCCAUGUUUCUGCAUAAAUGACUGAAAAGAAGCACAGUUAGACUUGUUCAGAUCCAGAAGAAUUUGAGCAUUUUUACCAGCACUCAAACAUAAGAGUAUGGCUCUUCCAAAUUUCAGAGGAAGCACUGUAGUAGCUUCUCCAAUCCCCCAAAAAUCAAAGAUUGUAGCUGGAACUCCAACUAACAGUGAUAAGGAUAAGACUGGCUCAAGUCCGUUUUUGCCAACUUCUCAUGGACAUCCCAGUUUUAACCCCACCAAGACAAAAGGAGCUUCUACUGCAAGCAAAGGCACUGGAGCUUUGGAGGGUCGAGUGCCCAAACCCCCAAAGCCUCCAGAUAAGCCCUUGAUGCCCUACAUGAGAUACAGCAGAAAGGUAAUAGGAAAGGUCUGGGAGCAAGUCAAGGCUCAGAAUCCAGAUUUGAAACUGUGGGAGAUUGGUAAAAUAAUUGGCCAGAUGUGGCGCGAUUUGUCUGAUCAUGAUAAACAAGAGUUUCAAGAGGAAUAUGAAGUAGAGAAGGUUCAGUAUACUGAGGCACUAAAAGCUUACCACAAUUCUCCUGCUUAUCAAGCUUGGGUGGCUGCUAAAGCUGAACGAGAAGCUGUGGAUGAAGAUGAGCCAGUAGUAAGGCCUGAACGUCCACCAGCGUCAUCUCAAAAAUCUAAUUCCAAAAGAGAAGGCUCACAUUUAUACAAUGAAUUAUAUGGUUUUCAGAAUAGUAAAAGUGAUGGAACUCGUAUAAGCAUUCUUCCUACAGAUGAAGAUGAAGAUGUUGAAGAUGGAUUCACCACUAAGCAUAUUGCCCAAGCUCGAUAUGUUCGUAACCAUCGCCUAAUUAAUGAAAUAUUUAGUGAUGCAGUGGUGCCGGAUGUCAGAAGUGUGGUUACUGAAGCAAGGAUGGCAGUCCUUAAACGGCAGGUCCAGUCCUUAACUAUGCACCAGAAAAAAUUAGAAGGAGAACUGCAUCAAAUAGAAGAGAAACAUGAACAGAAAAAGAGAAAGUUUACAGAGUCAAGUGAAACAUUCCACCAUGAUUUAAAAAAGCUGUGUGAGAACAAACCUCAAAUAACAGAAGAGAUGUUUAACAAUUUGGUGGUGAAAGCAGUCAAAGAAGAGAUGAGGCUAAGAUUGCAGCAAGAUGAAGAGAGGAAAAGGCAGCAGCUCAUCUCUGGCCCUGAAGAGAAUCAGCGACCUGCUGAGGUGCAAACUUCAGUGCUGAUCAAUGGAAACAAUGAACCCAUGGAAGUGGAUAAAAAUGCCAAUCUAGCACCCAGUCAAAUGUUAUCUGUCAAAGAAUCUCAAGUCAUAAUGGCCCCCGUCAUGGAGCCCCAAUCCUCGGAUACGCCAAGCCCACCGACAAUGUCUACUAGUGAAGAGAUGGGAACCAACACCACACCAGAAAAAAGUGGCACUGAAUCCCCUGGAACACCAAGCACUGCUGGUUCAGAACGUGAAAUUAAUGGAGAGAAAGAGAUUUGGCAACAUAAGUCUAAAUCAGGGAAAGCUAAAAAACUCAAAACUUCUGGUGCUUCUCCCAGCAAAAGGGAGAAAAUAGACAAGGGAGAUAAGAACUCUAGAAAGUUUCUGUGUGACGUCUGCAACAAGGCCUUCAAGCAACGCCACCAUCUAACUGAACACAAACGCCUGCACAGUGGCGAGAAACCGUUCCGCUGCACCUACUGCGAUAAGAGGUUCUCACACUCUGGCUCCUAUAGCCAGCACAUGAAGUACAGAUGUAAAGUGAUUGAGGCGUUGACUCCUAAAGAAGAUGAGGAUGGUUUAGGAGAGCAAAGCUCAUAACUCAGUCAACCACACAAUAAUUGUAUCAAUAAUAAUUUUAUUUUUUUUUCAUGCUGGAAUAACUUAAGCUUUUUGUUUAGUAAGCAAAGAACUUGUCCCAUAAGUAUAAUAAGCAAAUAGUAUAGAGCAGAUAACUAAACAAAAAUUGUUACAUAGUAAAAACAAAAAAAGAAAUGUUUAUAACAUAUUAAUAUAUAGAUUUAUCUUAUGACAAGAAAGGAUGGUUGAGUGGUAAAACAGUGUGCAGCUAAUUUCUGUUUCAAAUCCCAGUAAGCUUUGUUUUAUUUGACAAUGGGGAAGAGCAGACUGAUGCCAAAACUGAAGCCUUUAGUCUAUCUGGAUUCCGUCAGAAUCCAUGGCAACUAAAAAGUUUGUUAAGUUCCCCUUUCAGACUAUAUGGUCUUUAGGGCAGAUUGAUGUAAAGAUCAUCUGUUUCUGUGGUCCAUGAUUUAUGAGGAUGUAAGCACAAUGACCAACUGCCUUUACUUUUCCCCAACUAAUGUCAGGUACUCAUUAGAGCUGGGUGGACUCAGAGGCGCCUUAAUGAUCACGAUAUUAAAAACCCCAGUCUUUACUAAGAUUUGAACUCCUGACCCUCCAGUUUGGCAGCCAAGUGCUUUACCACUCAGCCAACAUGCCUCUUGCAAAUAGAAAAGUUUAAACUUUUAUUAAUUUAAUAUGUAAUAGUUAGUAGCUCUUUGUCUAGCCCAUGCAAAAAUAGUGAAAGCCAGAUACAAAAUAAAUACUCAAAAACAGUCUAGUAUCCAGCUUUAUCAUAUUAUAGCUUUACCAACUGUUGGCCCUUCUGAUAACCUUUAUUGCAUAACAUAUUGUGGACCUAAAAAAUAUCUAAUAAUUGAUUACUCAUUAUCUCAUUCUGUUCUUUUGUUCUGUACAUUAAACAAUCUUCAUCUGGGUGAUGACCUAAAAGCUCUAUAAAACCUAAUUAAAAACUGUUGGAGCUCUUCUUCUUUCUUUUAAUUCUAUUUCAGUUUGUGCUUUUUUUUCUAUUUUCAACACACAUAUCAUGUUAGUCCAUCAAUCCUGUGAAGAGUCAUAACCACAUAAUUUAUACCAAAUCAUUUCCAUGAAGAUUAUAGAGAUGACCACAUAAUGUGAAAAUGUUCUGUGCCAGUAGCCACAUUAUUUAUACUUUUACAUUUUAAAAGAUUGAUUUUAUGACAGCCACUUUCUCCUUGAUAGCCUUUGAGUGUCUUUUACUUAGAAACUUGCUAUCAGAAGUGAACUUUUACAAAUAUCUUUUAAGUUUAUGGCAUCCAAAUGAAAAUUGUUAAUCAAAACUAAUAGAGUGAUCAUUUUAAAACAUGUAUUUUAACAUUGUUUUAUGGCAGCCACUGAAAUGAUAAUGGAAUUCAGUCAUGUUGAGGUCAUUUGUUUGUGUCUUUGUGGUCGAAGGAACUGAUAUUCCACUUUUGAAAGUAAAGCUCUAAGCAUUUUGAUGAGCCAAUUAAAAUGUUAUUCUCACUUUAUAAUAUUUCUAAUCAUCCUUCUAACAUUGCUAGUUUCAUACAUGAAAUUUCUAACAUUAAGACAGAAUUUUUAGUUAUUGUAGGCUGUGUGUGUAAUUAGCAUGGAGAGUGUUUGCAUUGAAUUUGUUCAAAUACAUUUUACCUGUACAUAUAAUACUUUCUGUAUACUUUUAUAGUUUUUACAAUUGUGCAUUUUUAUCAUUUGUAAUUCUUUCAUAGUUAUUUUCUCAGCCAAAACCUUGCGACCCUAAACCUAUCAUUUCAAUCAUGGUUACGUAAAGUUCCACAAAUCAAAGAUAAUAGAGACAAUUUUUUACUAAUUCAGAAGUAAUUUUUAAGAUAAUUCUUUUUAAAUCUAAAAAUAAUAAGCAGCAGUUCUGAAAAUGUGUUUCAAUCCUUAUCUUAUCUAGUCUUGCAUGUAUAAUUUAACUGCAUGAAACAAACUAGUUUUUGUUUUUUUUGUUUUUUCCUGUUAAUGUUUUUCUGUUUUUCAAUGAAAUUGUUUAAUUAUACAUGUAGAAAUUCAUUUGUGUAUAAGCCAGUUUUUUUGUGUUUUUUUUUUUGUGAAUCUCAUUUUUUUGGUUGUGCCUAUUAGUGACAUCAAUUUUUGCAUAGAAUUGUGCAUAAUUAGUUAUUUUUGUACUGUGACUUAGAAGAAUUCAUCUAAUGUCAUAAUGACAUUGACACUGUAAACUAAACUAUCAAAUGUUGGUUGAUGAACUAUCCUUCAGUUUUAGUGACAUGUGCAUUGACGUUGACUGUCACAUUGUGGUGUACAAUUCUGUUCACUUUGUAACUUUGUCAGUUUGAGGUCAUUAGACAGGCAAUGUUUAGAGCUACUGCUUCAAAGUUGAUGUGAAACCAAGCUUAGGCUCUAGCUCUACAAUCUGGGUUGUUUUAAACUUGAAAAAAAAAUAGUUAGUGAUAGUCUUUAAUGUGUGGCUCUGCUUAUAUGAAGCUCAAAAACCACUGGACUAAAUUUUCACUCGAUUGAACAAAAGAAGUGAUAGAUAUAGAUAACUGUCUUACAUUGACAUGCUAUAUAUACAUUUUCAGAUUUGUAGUACAGUCAAGAUGCUCUGUGCAUUAUUUGUGCCAAGCUAUUUUUACCACAUAAAAAUAAAUGUAUAUAUAUAUAUAAAAUGAAAAAUGGAAAGGGUAAAAGUUCCUUUUUCAUUUGAUGGAUGUGUUAUUAUAAAAUUUUGAUUUCUUUGUUAACUAAAAAAAAAGUUUUCAACACUUUUGUUUUAAAGCCUCCGUUUUGAUUGCAAACUGCAUAAAUUAUGCAUCCAUCUAUCUAAAUGAAUAAGAUUGCAUAUUACAAUAGUAAACAAUUGGCCCUAUGGUACUAUUAGUGGUUAAGAAGUUCACGCAUAUGAAUUCAACCUAGAAUCUGAAAAGAGUUUUUAAAUUUAAUUUUUUUUUAUACUGUUAUGUUACUUUUCAGUCAGGUUGUUGAAUUAGUUUCAUAAAAAUCUGAGGUCAAUAAAAAUGUAUAGGAAGUGAAACGUUGGAUUCAAAUGUGCAUGUGCUAGUAGUCCAGACUAUGUUCAACACAGCUUAUGUUCUUUAUUCUAUGCAUUAAUUGGUUAUAUAUGUAUGCAGAAGUGUAACCUUUAUGAUCUGAUCUAGUCCAAAGAGUCUUUAUAUACACACACAAAAAAAAGUCUGAUUGACUUGAGGAUUGAAUGUAUCUUAAUGAGUUUUAUUCUUUUUUUGAUAUUAGACCUAUGUGUGUAUUACUAAAAUACAUUUACCUUGUCAUAAAAAUUAUUACGUUAUUUUUUUAAUUUUUUUUGUUUUUUACAAAACCACACCUUUUGAAUUUUUCAUUUUUCAUCUGACAUUAAUAUUUUUAUGGUUGUUAAAUUUAUAGUUUGUUUUUAACCUUUGUUAAUAUUAUUUUAAUAUUUGUGAAUAUUUUUAGAAGCUACUUAAAUUUUUGGAAUAUGUGUUUAUAAAUAUUGUAUUGAAAGGAGAUGUGUUUUAAACAGUGAAUGUUUUCUACAUUCAUUAGAACUACUAUAAUUAUUGAAUUUCAUUUAUAUACCAAAUCUGUGAAUUUAAAAAAUGUAAUUAUAUUUCUUAAAUUUUAAUUGUUCUGUUAAAUAUAAGGCUAUAUUUAAUGGUAUACUAUAAUUAGCAGUUAUGUAGAGUUGACAUCUUUAAAGAUAGGAACAUAUUGAAACUCAUUAAUAGCCUGCAAUUAAGCAAUUUUUAUAUUUUUUAAUUUGCUGUAGUCAGUGCUUUUUUUUUUUUGUAAAAAAAAAAAUAGGUGCCGGUACUCAGUGAUGUAGUGCCUAACUUUUAACUACUAAUAAAUUAAUAAUAAACGUUAAAAUACACGAAAAGUAAUAAUUUUUUCCCCACAUUGAAAAAGGUGCCGGUACGCCGUACUGGUGCGUACCGGCACAAAAAAAAACACCGGCUCUAGUGCACCAAACUGGUAUGUCUGUGUUUCCUGGUGGUAGUUACCUUUUCUUGGCGCUAAGUAAUGUGAACUGUUAAAGUAUGGCUUAGAUGUAUGCUGUAAAUCAGUGAUGCCCAAGUUAAAGCUUGCAGGCUACAUCUGGGCAUUUUAGGAUACUGUCAGGUUCCUCUGCUUAAAGUGCAUAAUGUAGCAUCAGAGGAUUGGCUCAUCAGAGGUUUGGUUCCCUGUGCUCAAUCAUGUUUUUAUGGUGAUGCAGCAAUAAAUAAGAAUGUUGGAACUUUCUAAAAGCCCCCACCCCAGACAAAAAAUAUUGGAUACUACUGUUGUCAAAUCAUUACAUAGUGCCCCUUUGACUGUGUGGUCAGUGCCUUGGAGUGAUUAUGUGGUCAGUGCCUUAGUUUAAUUUUAUCACACAUCAAACAUAUAAUACAGUCUAAAAAAACAACAACAAAGUGAUAUUUCCUUUCAACUGCUGAUUUGAUAUUUAUAGAUGUUUUUAUCUACAAAGGAGUUGAACAAAUUGCUUUUAUAUUUCUAUUUGUCUUUUAUAUAUUUCUAUCUUUACAAAAAAAAGAUGAUGUGCCUUACAGUACUUAUGAAUUGGCCUAUUAAAUAUUUGUGUAAAUAAUUACAGCGUGUCCUGUAUUAUUAAAUGUCAUUAACAUUAUAUUACAUGAAUAAAAUGUGUUUGUUUUGUGAUAUUCA